AUGGGAAUUCAAUGUUUAUGUAUAUAUAAACACAUCCAUUCACAACUCGAUCGCCGACACAGUUGUACGACUAUGGAAGGAUCGACUGGCAGUAAUAAGACACCCUCAAGUACAACAUCUAAUGCUAACCACACCGAAUCUCAACCAUCGCAAGCUAGUGCGAGCAACGAGCCAGCAAGCAAAUCACAAGUAUCUGCAAAUGCUACUCUAUGUGUGGUGUGCUCUCUUCGACCGCGAGCACUUGCACUUGUACCCUGCGGUCAUUUUUCUGUUUGUGUACCAUGUGGACAUGGCGUUCAAACUUGUCCAAAUUCUCAGCACAUGACAGAUCAUAAAAUGAAAAUGUUAAAUAUAGGACUAGUACAAACAUUAACUGCCUGCCUUUCGAAGAAAAAAAACAGAUAUUAG